AUGAGUAUUACAAGGACAAUAACAAGAAAGUUUUCUACUAAGAUGACGGGUGCGCCCGAUCCAUCUUCCACAGUAAAACAUCUAGUGUCAAUAUCUCAUUUAACAACUCCGGAAUUUCAGUCGUUGGUUAAAAGAGCUGAGUACCACAAAAAAUUAAUAAAAUCAGGGAAAAGGCCAGCAACAUUUCCAUUACAAGGAAAAACAAUUGCAUUGAUAUUUACUAAAAGAUCAACUAGGACAAGAAUUUCCACCGAAGGAGCCGCAGCAUAUUUCGGAGCACAUCCAAUGUUUCUCGGCAAAGAAGACAUUCAGCUAGGCGUUAAUGAAUGCCUGUAUGAUACGACUAAAGUUGUUUCCUCAAUGACAUCUUGUAUAUUUGCUAGGGUGAAUAAGCAUUCCGAUAUACAAGAACUUUGCAAAAACUCAUCCGUGCCAGUGGUCAACGCACUAUGUGAUAAAUAUCAUCCAUUGCAGGCAAUAUGUGAUAUGCUCACAAUAAAGGAAACAUUUGGAGGUAAUGUCAAAGGGUUGAAAAUGGCAUGGAUUGGCGAUGCCAACAACGUUAUCAAUGAUAUGUCCAUUGCGGCUAUGAGAAUGGGAAUAAAUGUUUCAAUAGCUACACCAGAUGGUAUUGAGAUGGCCACCAAAAUUCAGGACAAGGCCGCAGAGGUUUCAAAAGAAACAGGUGCAUCUCUAGAACUUACACACGAUCCGAAGGUUGCGGCAAAAAAUGCAAAUAUAUUGGUCACGGACACCUUUGUUUCUAUGGGGGAAGAGGCUCAAACAAGGCAGAAGCUUGCACAAUUCAACGGAUUUCAAAUAACACCAAGCUUGGGAAAAUUGGCAGCACCUGGAUGGAAAUUCAUGCAUUGCUUACCAAGACAUAAAUUUGAAGUGACAGAUGAUGUGUUUUAUGGUGAUCAUUCUAUUGUAUUUCAUGAGGCGGAAAACAGAUUGUAUGCCGCAAUUGCUACGAUAGAGGCACUUGUGGUUAAUAAGGGGAAAUUUAUUUUAUAA